UCAACGAGUAAACAACAUAAGCGCGUCUCCGCACAAGGACAUACAUACUCCUGCACACACGGUCCGCUAUCUCUAUCCGCAUCGCUAUCCGUAUACGUAUUCGCACUCCAUUCUGAACUCCGAGUCGAUCUGAUCUACACACACAUGUCAAUGCUUAAUGAAAACGGUUUGAGGAGUAGUCCCGUGGAUGCACAUGGCAACAAUAAGGGGGGCAAUGCGACCACAAUGUUGACCACAAAAACGCCAUUCUCCAUCGAGCAUAUAUUGUUUCAAAAUUUGAAUAGUGCCAAUAGCAAUAAUAGCAAUAAUAAUGUGAAUAAUAACAGCAACAAUAAUAACACCCCAAAGUGCGGCAAGAAUGCGGGCAAAAGCGCCAGCAGGAGCUCCUUUGCCACAUCGUACGACAAUAAUACCCAGAAGCAGCAUCACCAUCCGACGGCGGCGGCGCCACACGCAACGCAUCAAACAUCGGCAUCGACUGCAUCCUCAUCCGCGACGGCAUCCACACGCGGCGGCCAGGGAGCAGCGUCGGGAUAUGGCAACGAGGACUAUGCCAAGUCCCUGCACAAUAGUCAACGUGGCAGCCAUCAUUCACGUGCUGGAGCCUCUCAUUACGGCAGUUCUUCCGGAGAACCAGCUUCCCAACAGUUGGGAUCAGCGGGGGGCCAGCAUUCAGGACCAGCACCGCUGCCGCCAGCACCACAGCCUCCGCCUCCACCGCCGCCAAACGGAGGAGGGCCCAAUGGAGGAGUUCUGUAUCCCAGUGCGGCCUACACGGACCAUGGCUUCCUGCAAAUGACCCUGGGCUAUCUGUCGCCGUCGUCGGGCACAUACAAGUCGGUUGAUCCCUAUUUUCUCUCACAAGCCAGCCUGUUUGGGGGAGCGCCCUUCUUUGGGCCGCCCGGCUGUGUGCCAGAGCUGGCCCUGGGCCUCGGGAUGGGUGUGAAUGCUCUGCGACAUUGCCGGCGGCGCAAGGCCCGCACUGUGUUCAGCGAUCCCCAGUUGUCCGGCCUGGAGAAGCGCUUUGAGGCACAGCGGUAUCUGUCCACCCCAGAGAGAGUGGAGCUGGCCACAGCUCUGGGUCUAAGUGAGACGCAGGUGAAGACCUGGUUCCAGAACCGUCGGAUGAAGCAUAAGAAGCAGCUGCGUCGACGUGACAAUGCCAACGAACCCGUUGACUUCUCACGCACCGAACUAGGCGGCUGCAGCACUGGCAAACAGCAGCCUGGCGAUGCCUCCUCUGCCUCCACGGACGUCUCCAAACACAGCUCCAAGAUGGGCUCUGCGGCCAGUGCCGGCGGCGGCGGUGGUGCUGGUGGCACCCCCAGUCAAACCCCCAAUCCGCAGCAACAGCUGCAGAUGUGCUUCCUCCAGCAGGGCUACUCCACGGACGACUAUUCCGACCUGGAGGCGGACAGCGAGGAUGAGGAUAACUCCAGCGAUGUGGACAUUGUGGGGGACACAAAGUUAUAUCAGCUCUCAUAGACCCCUGAUAGAUGGCUGAUCAAAUCUGUUCGAUCGAUGAGAGCUAUUUCGUUGUUUUAAAUGGGGAAAUGGAAGGAUUUUCUAAAGGUAUCUAUCUAUAUUUAAGUUU